UGCGCUACUCGUCACAAAAAUGACUCCAACUAGAAAGUGUGUACCAUGUUUGUACUACAGUGUUAGAAGUAGCACGACAUUAACAUGUGAAGUGAAACAACAACGAUUUCAUGAAUCCUAGACAUCUCGAACCUUAUAUAAACCGCCAAUUCUUAAUCAAAAUCCGAAACAUUCUCCGCUUCAUUUCUCAAACAACCCAAAACCUAACAAUGUCAACCCCAAACCCCAAUUCCUCAUCCUCACCCUCUCCAUCUCCACCGUUCGAUCCAAAACAGCCCUCAAUCCCAAUCUCAUACCCAAUCAAAACCCUUCAAGAACUCGAAUCACGCUCUUACUUCGAUUCUUUUCACUACCCUUUCAACAAAGCUUCAGUUCCAAUUUCAUCUUCAUCUUCUAAGUUACCUGAUAGACGUAGAUUGUUGGUUUGUCAUGAUAUGGCUGGUGGUUACUCAGAUGAUAAGUGGAUUCAAGGUGGUGAUAAUGUUAAUGCUUAUUCUAUUUGGCAUUGGCAUUUGAUUGAUGUUUUUGUUUACUUUUCUCAUGAUCUUGUUACUCUUCCUCCUGUUUGUUGGAUUAAUACCGCUCAUCGCCACGGUGUCAAGGUGUUGGGGACUUUCAUCACCGAAUGGGAUGAGGGAAAGGCUAACUGUGACGUACUGCUUUCAACAAAGGAGUCUGCACAAAUGUAUGCAGAACGUCUGGCAGAGCUUGCUGUUGAUUUAGGCUUCGACGGGUGGCUAAUAAACAUGGAAGUGGAGUUGGAUCCGGCACAAAUUUCUAACUUGAAAGAGUUUGUCGACCAUUUAUCAUCAACGAUGCAUUCUUCUGUGCCUGGAUCACAAGUGUUGUGGUAUGACAGUGUUACAAUUGAUGGUAAACUGAAUUGGCAAGAUCAACUAAACGAAUCUAAUAAGCCAUUCUUUGAUAUAUGUGAUGGAAUAUUUGUAAACUAUACAUGGAAGGAAGACUAUCCAAGGAUCUCUGCUGCUGUGGCCGGUGAUCGGAAGUUCGAUGUAUACAUGGGAAUCGAUGUAUUUGGAAGGAACACAUAUGGUGGUGGACAGUGGAAUGCAAAUGUUGCUCUUGAUGUAAUAAGAAAGAAUGACGUCUCUGCUGCAAUAUUUGCGCCUGGAUGGGUCUAUGAGACAAAGCAACCCCCAGAUUUUGAGACCGCUCAGAAUAGUUGGUGGGGCCUUGUGGAGAAAUCAUGGGGAAUACUGCGAAACUUUAGUGGACCACUACCGUUAUAUACAAACUUUGAUCAGGGGCGUGGUUAUCAUAUUUCAGUUGAUGGAAACAGUGUAUCGGAUGCUACAUGGUGCAACAUUUCUUGCCAAGGCUUUCAGCCACUCCUUGAGCUUGCCGAUCCUACAAAUUCUAUUCAAGUUACUAUAGAUUUGAAGGAAGCAUCAUUUAGUGGAGGGGGGAACAUUACAUUUAAAGGAUCUCUUGAAAAGCAAACUUACUUUGAGAGGAAAAUCCUUCAAGGAGAGUUUCUCUUGGGCGAGGAUCCUAUCCACUUUAUUUAUUCUGUGAAAUGUAAUGGCAAUUCUUCAUUAGGACUAAAGCUUGUGUUCACUUCCAACAACGACGAAAAAAAUUAUGUACUUCUCACAUCCGGGGAAGUGAAUGAUCUCUCAAGUAAAUUCAACAAAGUAAUCACGACACGUGAACACAAGGGAUUUUCCCAUGGAUGGGUUAUAAACGAAAGUGCAAUUGCAAUGAACGAAUACACUUUAAACGAAAUCCAUGCAGUGUGCUACAGAUCAAAUUCCUCAUUAUCAGAUUGCACAGACUGUACCGUGGCUUCUCCAUCAGAUUAUUAUGCACUUCUUGGUCAUGUCACAAUCAAGAAUUCCGACUAUAAGUCAGAUUUUCCUGUUUCCUCUUCCUGGCUAGUUGACGGUAAAUAUAUAAAAUGGACAUCAGGGUCCAAUGGUUCAAAAACACUUAACAUUAAAAUUUCAUGGACACUGAAAGAUGGGAAAAACUAUCUCUCUCUGAAGUACAACAUUUAUUUGGUGAAAUUAUCAAAACAAGCAGGUGGUAAUCCAGGUACAACUUUAGAACUGGUGAAGGAGUACCUUGGAGUAGCACAAGUAAACUGCUUUUAUGUUUCUGAUCUCGAAGUUCCUUCAGAUACUUCUAGUCUCAAGUUUAUAAUACAGGUUUGUAGUGUUGAUGGGACAAUUCAGGCAUUGGAUGAGUCUCCAUAUUAUCAAUUGGAGGUUGAAGGUCCCUAAAUUGUAAUUAGAAUGUAACAUUGUUUCUGCUAUUAAGGAUCUAUUUUAGAUCUGGACUUGGCAGAUAUAUAUUAGGCUUAUGAUGCAGCAAGUAAUAAAGCUUAUCUUUGCAGCUUAUACCUAAUAAAAAUGUUUCUAUCUUUUUUUGGUGAAAGUAUAAAAAUGCUUCUUAUCUGA